UUUAUCUCACGAUUGAUAAGAUAUUUAUUUAGGUUAUACGGAGAUUUUUGGCAUUUGACAAGUUCUCACUUGAAGAAAUAUGGGACCGUCUGGAGCACUGAUUGUUUUUGUUGUGUGCGCGCUCUGCGGAGGGGCAUCGGCGGUAGACAUGUCAAAAGUACAGCCUUAUAACCUGACAGCAGCUGUUAUGUUUCUACAAGAGGAUUUGAACCAGGACGGCAUAAUGACUAUAGCAGAAAUAGAUUCAGUCUUUGAUAAAUACGAUACAAAUGGGGAUGGAAGGGAAAGCCGACACGAAUAUACAACAAUGAUUUGUACAGCUGACCCUGACCUCUUCCAGCUUUCACAUUACUUGUUUGACGACUAUGAUGUCAAUGGAGAUCAUCAUCUGGAGCAGUCAGAUUUCGAAGCGUGGCACGCUAAAAUCGAUGCUACCGGCGAUAGCAAUGGGUCUGUGAAUCAAGAUGAGUUUGUGAACUACUGGGUUAAGCUGUUUGAAACAAUUGCUGGACAGGCUCCCGUGCACGGUCACGCACACGAACACGGACACUGCCCAUGAUCAUGUCUUCGCUCGCGAUCGAUAUUGGCAUGCAGUGCUUUCUAACUUUGUUAUAAAUCUACUUUGUUAUAAAUCAAGAAACAAAA